AAACAAGCAUAAAAGCUUCAAAGAUAUGUUUAACCAAUAAAAUUUCCGGAAAACAAUUGUCAACCACGUCUUCACUUAUCCAAGAGGCCCACAAAUUCAAGACACAAAAUCUUCAGCAGGAAUUUUUGUCAGUGGAUUCGAAUAAAGAAAAUGAACCAUUAUCAUUAUAUUUUGGAGAUCCAACCUUGAAUUUGUGGGCCUCUUGGAUAAGUGAAGACGUGGUUGACAAUUGUUUUCCGGAAAUUUUAUUGGUUAAACAUAUCUUUGAAGCUUUUAUGCUUGUUUCUGGUAGAAUUGAGACGAUCAAAAAACAAAUGCCUUCCGUAUCAAAAACGGUAGCAACUAAUAACCCGCCAAUAACAAAGGUUGUAACUAGUAAGAAGACGCCUAAAACAAACUCAAAAUCCCCUAGUACUUUAUUUGCAACUAGAAAAUCAAAAUCUAAAACUUCAAGCUCUAAUGAAGCAACAACUUCAAAAUCUAAAACUUCAAGCUCUAAUGAAGCAACAACUUCAAAAACGCAAUCAACAAAAACCCUCACUUCUCAAGUACAAAAGAAAAACAUC